ACGCCCUUUUUGGCUUGCUUAUCGUGUCAUCCGCGAUUCUGUGUCAUAUUUGUAUUUCCGCCGUUGGUUUCUUGUAUAUUUUCUAAAUUUUCCAACUACAAAAUUUGAAAAGAUGACUAGCAUUCAGCAAGGAACACUUCUCGAAGUUUUAAAGAAAAAAAUGCGCAGUAUGAAAGAAGAACUAGAAGUGGCCAAAGAAGCCGCAGACGAAGCUCAGGCACGCCUUCAGGAGGAAAUUCGCCGUCGCGAAGAGGCUGAAAGUGAAGUAGCAGCUUUAAAUAGGAGAAUUCAGUUGCUAGAGGAAGACCUAGAACGCUCUGAGGAAAGAUUGAAAAUUGCAACACAAAAAUUAGAGGAAGCAUCUCAGGCUGCAGAUGAAAGUGAACGCAUUCGUAAAGCACUGGAAAAUCGCACAAAUAUGGAAGAUGAUAGAAUAUCUCUUCUUGAAACUCAGUUAGGUCAGGCAAGAUUGAUUGCUGAAGAAUCUGAUAAAAAAUAUGAAGAGAUGGCACGUCGUAUUGCUAUGUUGGAAGCAGAUUUGGAACGCGCAGAAGAAAGAGCAUCAAUAGGUGAAAGUAAAAUUGUUGAAUUAGAAGAAGAAUUAAGAGUCGUUGGCAAUAAUAUGAAGUCCCUUGAAGUUAGUGAAGAAAAAGCAAUGCAAAAAGAAGAGGCAUAUGACAUUACAAUUCGCCAGUUGUCACAAAGGCUUCAGGAGGCUGAAGCUCGGGCAGAGUUUGCUGAAAGAUCUGUACAAAAGCUUCAGAAAGAAGUUGAUCGAUUGGAAGAUGAAAUCCUUGCUGAGCGAGAAAAAAACCACCUGCUGCAGGAGGAAGUCGAGAGUACAUUGAAAGAUAUCCAAUCUAUAUGAUCUACUCAUCAAAUAUAAAAUCUAGUAAGCUGCCUCCAGUGGAAAAUUGUAUGGCACUUACAGGAUGUUAUUGCCAACAUAUGUUUUUGCCUUUAUAUAAAAUUUCCUAUUUCUUUCUGUUAGAAUGAAAAAGAAAAAGAAAAAAAAAAAAAAAAAAAAAAACCUACCAAAAAUCAUGCUUAGUUUUGUGAUAUUUUUCUGUAUGUUUUUUAACAUCAAUACUUUUAAGCGCUAUUAACAAUUUUUAUAUUUACAAGAUUUGACAUUGUUUUAUAGCUGCCUGUUUUCCAAGAUUUUUUAAAAAGACUCUAGAAAAAUUAUAACUGUUAAAACUCAUGCCACGAGGUCUGAACUUCAUGUAAUAAAUGUUGGUGGUGGAGCACAUGCUGGGAGGAAUUUUUCUCUCUCUUUCUAUUAAUUGUAUGGUUCAGGCUUGCUGGAAUUAAUUCAUAUGAGAAGAAGGAAAACAAAACUUAAUGAAGAGCUGUUAGCUUUGUGCACAUCAUUCAAGUUUGAACUUUUGACAUCACCUUAAAAGAAUUUGUAUCUGCAUUUUGAUGGUACAAUCAGAAGGUUGUGCAUUGUAUGUUAUUUUUUAUUCAGCAAAACAUGCUAAAUCAGAAAAGUUGCUGAAAUCAUGUAUUUCAAUUGGCUGCCAAUAAAAUCAAUGUAGAUUAUUA